GGAUCUAUUUUUUGUCUCCUACAAGCCAGUGUACAAAUGGUGUUUCUUUCAAUUAAGAAUGAGACGAGAAUAAAAAAAAUUCUAUUCAAAUGUGAUUUUAAUCACUUUUGCCAAGCAUAAAAGGCUCAUCAUUAAACCAGCUUAAGCAAUGCACACCAGUGUAUUAUAUAUUCUACUACAUACAAAUAUUAUUUGAGAUAUAUUUUUUAGCUCCGUAUGUCCAGGAAUGCUGAUGAAUAAAAGGCUUCGUGGGAGUGUCUUGUGGCAGACGAAAGAUAUGAAGGAAAUGGCAUUUUUUGUACAUCUCUGAUCCGAAAUCGAUCUUUCAUCUUAGCCGAUAACUAUCAAUCAGAAACCACAAGGGUGUUUGACUGGCUGCAGCAACUGGUGAUCAUCCCACUAUUUACCACCUUCUUUUCCUUAUGAAAAAGCAUGAACUGAGCACGCGCCACUAAAGAAUGUCUUGCGUGCGAGUAUCCGCCACCACCCGAUUUCUUGAUGAACAGUCGUGUGAUAAAAUUGUGCAAUGCAGUUUGAAGGAGGCAGCACGUGCAUGAAAUCAACCGACGCUGAAAUAGACUUGAAGCUUCUGUCGGGAGACCGUGUUUUCAAAUAAGAAGCCCGAGAAAGUGCUUAUUCGUAUAUAGCAAAAAGCUUUCCAGAGGAGGUGAAACGUUUCAGGAUGAACGUGGUCCGGUUUGGCCCUAGUAAUCCUAGUAAUGUUACCUCUACCAACCAUAUAGGCUCUUGUCAUCCAGCUCAGACAACAGAGGCAACAGCUCUCUUCAUCAUCGCUAUGCUAGGCGUUGGAGCAAACGUCUUUUUAAUGAUGCUCAUUGUAUUAAAACGCCCUCUAAGAAGGUGGUCCCAAGGACUGUUGUUCCACCAGGGUCUAGUAGACUGUGCUCGAGCUAGUCUCCUUGUUCCGCUGGCUGUUAGCGUUAUGAUGUGCCAAAGCUUAUCCAAGUGCUCCAUAUUGGAGACGGCGUUUUUACUGCUAGUCACUGUGUCCACAGUCAACUUGCUGACGUCUGUCAUCAACGAUGCUCCUCUGGUCCUUGAUCCAGACCAGCCUCCCCUUGAGACCAGGCAGACCAAUGCUGAGUCAACGGAGUUCCCCCUUGAUAGUCGUCAGUGUAUUGCUUUCGGGUUCUUCAUCAUUUGGUUUGCCAGCAUCACGAUUAAUCUCGGUCCCACUUUUCUCAGUGGUGCUCUUUCAGGGGCUCGAGAAACAGGACAGGGUGAGUUGUGCCCUAUGGUGUAUGGACCUGUGCGUCAUUACGUCUUGAACGUCUUAUGGGUGUCUGUUAACAUGCUCUGUGUCCUACUAACCGCUGUCCACCUGCGAAAAUUACAUCGUGAUUUAACCAAAUCCAAUUUAGAGGCCAUCAGAGUUGCCAGUUUGGUCACUACUAUGAUAUCAGUGCGCUCUGAGCGCGAGACGGGAGAGCACGAACACAUACAUAACUACAUACACAGAUUGGAACGUGAAGGACUCAACCGAGUGAAAAUGUUUGUUGUCCUCCUCGUGGCUUACGUCAUCUUCUGGGGUCCUCUCUUCGCCAUCACGCUUGCCCAACCUGGACUAGACACAGCCUCUCUUACCUAUCAGGUCAGUUUACACGUAGCCUUCGUACACGCCUUCGUCAACCCAACAUUACUUCUCAUGUUGAAUAGAGAUCUUCGGCAGGCGGCUUCAGACCUGUUGUGUUGCCGUUGUUGUCUGUCCUACGAAGUCAGCGUUCCUCCGUAUCAGGCAACUCAUUCCUUUCGUCUAAACCACGGGUACAUGGAAACGACAUUAUGACUGUGAAGUGAAUAGAAAGUUCGUGUGGUAAGCAGCUCUGAAUCAAGGUUUCAACAAACAGCUUCUCUGCUUCAUUCCUGUUUUGUUCCUUCGAUUUAAACUCAGUGUAACAUAACGAUCACCACUAUAGUUGGUCAACAUUACAAGCUUAAGGAAUGAGAGCAUACUUUAUGGAUAAACAGAAAUGAAAUUUGAUUUUAUAUUGUUUUUCACCUUUGAGAUAUUCUCGUUUAGUGUUCGUCGCAGUGUUAGCUGAACGCUUUUACGUGGAUUUUAAACGAAACAAAGGAAGAACCGACAAAAUAGCUAGUAACCCAUUUAUCAUGUGCAUUUUCCUUCAGCCUUCUUAUUCAAUCGCCUAAACUUCCGAUUAUAUCCACAGGUGGACAGCCAACAGCAGUUUAUACUGCGAGAGAGGUCAGUCUAAUAUGUAUACUUGACGGUACCUUAAAUAUGUGCAUGCGACAAAUCUUACAAUAUAGCGAAAUAUUUCCUCUACUACCUUACUUUCAUCUCUCUCAUCAGGCCUUUGUAUGCAAGUAUGCAUCUGAAAGAUUAAACAUAUAAAAUAAAUCAUAAUAUCAUUAGUCAUUUAAAUAUACUUAACUUAGUUAAAAUACCGUUAAAAUAACUGUAUCUCAAAGAACCUAAUACAUUUUUAAACAACUCCAGAUUUUUUAUUGUAUUUACAUGGAAGAUACGGGACUUGAACACUGUAAACACUAUCGUACCUUCAUGCUAAUAAUUAAAGCACGCUGCAAUUACGAGUAAUUUAAUUUAUAAUGUUUUAGAUAAGAGAAUGUAAGCACACUAUUAUACGAUAAUUUCAGCCGUUCCCUUCAUUCAUUUGUAUGCAAAUUAGGAACCUAAUGAUUCCUCAUGUGAUCUAAAAUGCAAAUGAUUGGUCAGUCUAAGCUGGCAAUUAAACGAACAUUUGGUGGGGAUAACUUUAGAUCUUUACAAUUCAAGAUAGUUCGCUUCGGUGUGUGUGGUCAAGAUAAACAACAAUGGCAACCUUGUAACAAUGUAGUCAUUGCAACAAUCCAAUCAAAAUGUUGGUAAGGUUCUAAGAGGUUCUAGACCGCUCUUAUAAAAAAAGCUACUUCCAUGACAUCUUUAGUAUUUGGAGUCACUUUAAAGCAUACAAAGCCUCUCUCUCAAGAGAACUCCAUACAAGCUCGGUGGGAUUGGGGCCUUAUCCAUCCGAUUAAUCCUUUCUUUUUCGAGAAAUGUAUCCAUCAGUUUAGCACGGUGGGGGCAGGUAUUAUAACCCUUUUGGCUGAACUCAGGACCAAUAGCACCUGCAUAUAAAUGCAUGAAACGUCGAAGAAUGGGGCCCUAUAACGUGUAGCAUUAAAGGCAUAUUUUCCCGAAAUGUAAAUGUCGAUAUGUCACCCAAUACUUAUUCUUCCAUACAUCAUACUUCCUUUAUUUCCAUACGAAUCACAUUCUAAUAUAUGAUGAUGGUGAUUGAAUCUUGUCCCAGAUUCUCUCCAGAUGAGUUUGCACCUCCUGUUACAGGGUGAAGCGCGACCCACCUUUGUCUGUAAAAAAAAAAAAAACAAUACAAAAAA